AUGGAGCUAUCAACACGUGCUGCUUAUAGGGGUCAAGUGACCAGACUCGUGAACUCAGCACUCGAAUUUCUUAAAGAUGAUAGGUCACGUGUCAACGAGGAAAACGAGCCGAAUUUCAGUGAAAUUGAGGAGGAACUCGUUACCCAUCUUCAAAGAUUGACGUCCGCUCAUGAUAACCUUAAUGCAAUUAACGAGGAAAUAAAGCAGAAAAGUAUUCUCAAAGAAGAUGAAUUGCAAAAAUGUGUCGACUAUCAGGACCUGGCUUUACGCCAUCUGAAAAGGCUGUUGGUCUGCUCCAAGAGCGAUAUGGAAGCACCGAAAAACUCAUCGACAAUCAUAUCCAGUAGUUAUUGCACACGCUCGCUUACAGCAUUACAGGUGCCAACAAGUAAUUAUUACGUCAUGCUCAGGUCCAUAUUGCUUCGAUGUUUGCCAACUGCCCUUCGCAUUGAAUACCACAGACAAGAGGAAAGUGCUGUAAAGGAAGAAGAAUCUAAUGAUACUUCAUCGAACAACGGAUCUGCUCUAUCGCAUAUUGGUGGAAGCGAAGUAAAAGACAUUUUUCGAUUUUUAAAAAGAGAAGUAGAAUCGCUAGAAAAAAGUGGUGUUACACAUACCAAUUCAAAGGUUAGAACCGUUGCACAAUCGACAGCCUCUAGUUUGGUGACCAUCAACGAAGUCGAAGUUGCAUGCAUUUUUUGCAAGAUGAACAACCACAAAACAAAAGACUGUGACAGCAAUAUAUUGAAUAUUAAAUUUUGCGGAGUGGCGGCAGGUGUUUUCGUUGUGCUAAAGCUGGGCAUUCUUCGAAGAAAUGCAGAAGCGAAAACAAUGCAAGAGAGUGAUGACAAAAGUAAAACCAGUGCGUUGAAUGUGUGUUCACAUAACACGACCGAGAGUGUUCUCUUGAAAACUGUAAGAUGUGCCGUUGCUUCAACAAAAACAAAAAUUUCAAUUAGCGCUAUUAUAGAUGGUGGCAGCCAACACACUUAUGUUCGCGAAAGUGUUGCAAAGAAAUUAAAAUUAAAAGUAAUUGGUACAGUCGACUUAUCAGUUAUACCGUUCGGUUGUAAAGAGGCAAAGCCGAUGAAAACAUUUAAUAAAGUUAAAAUUAAUCUAAAAAGCUUAUUCAGCCACGAAGUGCUUGUCACCUUAGAGGCAAUUGUAGUGCCUGAAAUCUGCGUUGACGUGCUGAUGGUUCCAGAAGCCAAGUGUCCACUUUUUGAAGGCAUUCAGUUGUCUGAUGUUCGGCCCAACAACAUGGAGUUUGAAGAGGGGCUUAGUCUACUAAUUGGAUCUGACUAUAAUUGGUCUAUUGUCACAGGAAAGCAACGCCAACUGACCAAGCGACUGAGAGCUGUUGAGACUGUUUUUGGCUGGACAUUGCAGGGUGUUCACAGUGCCGUAAGUGAUGAACCUGAUUCCUCUUAUAAAAAUUCUUGUUUCUCUUCCAGAUGUCUCAUUAAUUUGACAUCAGCAAAAUCAGAAGAACUCACACAAUUCUGGUCAUUAGAGGCAAUUGGAAUACGAAACAACGAAGAUGAAAACAUGUACCUUACCGAAAACCUAAUCGACAAAUGCAUCACGAGACAAGGUUCGCGUUACGUUGCAAAGUUGCCAUGGAAAGCUUACGACUCGAUUCUGCAAGACAACAAGGGGCAGGCUUUGCAGCGUUUGAACUCUCUUAUACGUCGUCUGUCCAGGGAUCCAGCAAAGUUGUUAAACUACGACGAAGCCAUCAGAAAAUUGAUUUGCGAUGGCGUUGCUCAGGCAGUUACGUCAUCAUGUCAAAAAGAGUGUUACAAGUCACGAGUUUUCUACCUUCCGCAUCAGCCUGUUUAUAAAGAGGCAGGAACGACCAAGCUUCGCGUGGUGUUUGAUGCUUCGGCACACAUCGAUGGAACAGGUUCCCUCAACGAUCAUCUUUGGACAGGAGCUAACUUGCUGCCAGAUGUUAUGAAAAUUCUUUUAAACUUCCGCUUAGGCCUCCAUGGCAUUGUCGCUGACAUCGAGAAGGCAUUUCUCCAGAUUGUCUUAAGCGAGGAGGAUCGUGAUAGCCAUCGCUUCAUAUGGUUUGGAAGCAAAUUAACGUCUGCUGGUGAUAGGCCAAAGUUUGCAGAGCAUCGAAUGACUAGAGUGACGUUUGGUGUGAAUUGUAGCCCGUUUUUGUUGUGCGCGACGAUCAACUACCAUCUCAAGCUUGAAGCAAAGGGCUUUCCUGAAACCUGUGCAAUACUUUUGGAAAGUAUAUAUAUGGACGACCUCGUCAUAAGUACAGAUUCUGAAAAAGAAGGAAGCAGUAUGUGUUCCGAAGCUGUGGACAUAUUAAAACGAGCUUCAUUGAAUCUACACAAAUGGAACUCAAGCAGUCAAGUGAUUCAAGAUGUGAUGAAUGUCAACAAUGCUCCAUCUAUGCAAAAGGUGUUGGGUCUCUUGGUACACAUACAGUGA